AUGGCUAGUUAAUUUACAGCAUUUUUAGCUCCUUCAGAUUAUUACAAAAUGGCGGAAUCCGCUAAGAAACCGAAAAGAGAUUUCAUUUCAUAGUAGUAGAAAGAGUAAAAAGAUUAACUAAAGAGAGAAUUAGUGAUGAUGAAGAGAUAAGCUAAAACAGUUAAUUAAUUGUUGGGUGAAGAUAUACAUAAAAAGAAUAAAAUGGAGUUAAAUAAACUAAAUUGGUAUUAUAAGAAGAGUUUUGCUAAAAAUAAAAAUGAAAAAUACUUAGAGUUUUAAGGGGUUAUGCACAAACUCAUUUCAAACAUAAAAAAUUCUUAAAAGGAUCUUAAAGAAAUAAAAAAGAAAAAUGAUAGUUUUAGGGUUGAAGAUAUUAAAUCUUUUACCAUAUCAGAAAUUCAUUCGAAGGAAGUUGAUAAGUAGAAAAAAGGAAAUCGCAUUAAAUCUCUAAAGGAAAUUUCUAAUUCUAAUGUAAAAUAAAGUAUGAGCUAGAGCCAAAAAAUGACUUUAAGCUAGCUACCUUUUUUUAGUAAAGAUUUUGAAGGAAAUUAAGUAACAAACGAGGACAUAAAUAAUGAUGAAAAUGAUAAUUUUGAAGACAAUCAAGGAAGUAAUGAUUAUAUUAUAGAAAAUUAAUCAUCUACAAAUUUUGAUAGAAGAAAGAUGAAUUAGAAAUAUUCAACAACUCUAAAUAUAAUUAAACCUUCUGACUUAAGUAAAGACAGUACAGAUAGACAGGUAGAUUUUGCUAAAUUCAACAAAAUCAUUAAUAAAAUGCAAAAACUCUGUGAAGAUAUUAUUCCUGAUAUUAAAAAACUAGCUAAAACAAAAAAGAUGCAAGAUAAAUAGUUUAAAACAGAUAAAAUUAGAUUAAUUGAAGUACUUAGAAGCCCUAAUUAUGCAAAUCAAAAAUAGAAUAUGAAACUUAUUUCAAAUGAAAGAGAAGAGCUGCAUCCUUAUCUAAAAUUUUUGGGAUAUGACAAUAUUGAGUAAAUUCCAAAUUUGGCUAAGAGACCAAGAAUGGAGAUAGUAGAAAGUAGGUAUUUGUAUAAUCAGUACUUAUAAAUUGAGAAAAAGAGUUUUUAACAGAUUAAAGAUGAGCAAACUAUAAAGGAAAGAAAUUCAAUUUCGUCUAAUUUUGAAAGAUCUUCUAAAAAAUCACUUAAAAGAUCAAGUUUAGCAGCUGUUAAUAUAUCUCAUAAUAAUAAUAAUAAUAAUAGCUCAUUACCUUAAUAUAAAACAGCAAGGAAUUUUUAGUAAACAAAUUCACCUCGCUAAGAUAAAAUACCAAAUUCAUAAAGGUCAAGACAUAGUAAUAUAAGAAAUACAGAUGAAAGUAGCUAAAAUAUUAAAAGACUUAAUUCAUUAGGAAAUGAAAAUUAGAAUUCUAACUCAUUUAUAAGAGAAAAAACUGGUACAAGUUCAUCUUAUUUCUAACGAAAAACAGCAAAUACUUCCCCAAAGAGGUCUCACCACUAGAUCUAAAGACACAAUUCAUAGUCUUCAUUUACUCAUAAAGUCAAUAUUGAAAAGUUAUCUCCAACUGCAAAUGUAUUUGACGACUCAUAAAAGGUAAGAAAAAAUAGAAUUGCUAAUUCUCCUUAAAAAAGUAGUUAAAAUUCUAUAAAUUCUCCUUUAACAAAAAGAUAAAAUUCAUUAAACUCUCCAGAAUUAAAAGUACACAAUUUUGCUAAAUAUCCUUAGCUAGUAAAAUCUGAUUUGCAAACUUAGCCAGAGUCAUUAAAAAGAUAAGCCUCUCGUCGCUCAGAUUCGAAAAGCAUCGAUUUAUAGCAAUAAAAUACACUUGAAAAAACUAAUUUAGGGUAUUAAAGUGUGAGUGAAAGAAUUAAGAAAAGAGGAUAAGAUUAAAAGUUUAAUUAAUUUGAAGAAAUUAUGUCUCCGAAAAUGCUUUAAAAAAAUAUUUUUAUUAGAAAUUCGCUAGAUCUGAGUGUCCAAAUAUAAAAAAAGUUUAAUCUCUCUUAAUAAUCUUAUAUGAGUAAUUCGAAUAGGAGAUAUUCACAUAACUAAUAAGAAGAAUCUGUUGACCAAAGUGGAGAUGUUAGCAAUAAAAUUGGAUUUCUCAAUUAAGAGGGUGAAAAAAAGAAAAAAAACAACUAAAAUUUGCUAGAAGGAUUCUCCAAUUAUUUCAACAAAUUUCAAAGCAGCUAUGAUUAAAGUUAAUAGGAUUAAAAAUUAGAAUUAAACAAGUGCAAAUCUGAAUUUCUUUCAUCUCCUAUUAAAACGAGCUUUGAGAGGAAAAAUUUAGGUACUAAUCACAUGAAUGAGGAUCCAAAUUUUUUAAUUCAAAGCAGAAAGAGUAGCAAUGAUUAAAUUCAUUCGUUAAAAGAGCCAAAAAAAGAAAAUUAUACUGAUAAUUAUAAAAUUACAAGAUCUAGCUUUAAAUAAAAAACUGAAAUUUCUUAAACACCAAUCAAUUCUGUUAAGAAUUAUAAUAAAAAACAGAUUAGCUUCACAAAUAAUAACUCUUAUAGAUAAAAUUAAAACAAUGAAUAAAAUUCAUAAUCUUAUGAUAAGCUCAACACUUUUAAUAGAACUCUUAAUUAAAGUAGAUUUAGUAGCAUAAUUGGUAAAGGAAAUUAGAAUUUGAACGAAACCAAAAGCAACAAAGAAUUAUCUGCGUUUUCUGCUAAUGCUAAAACACCUUUAAAGAAAGACUAAAUUUAAUAGGGAAAAGAAAGUGAUCAUAUCCAAAUAAGACAUUUUCAUCAAAAAAAUUAAAAUGCUGCUUCUCAAAGUAAAAAUGAUGUUAGCUUUAUUGGUGGUAAAAAGAAUGGGCUUCAUAUAAAAACAGAAGAGAGUGAAUAGGAUCUGCACUAAUAAAACGGCCAUCAUCAUACCUUAUCUCAUAGCACUAGAAAUUUGUAGACAGCUCAACACAAAGAUAAAAAUGAUAAAUAAAACCAUGAAGUUGCUGACAUAUUUAAUACAAUGACUCUCUAGGAUUUAAAUAUAAUGAGAAGAUAAGUAGAAUAAUUGAGAGGAAAGAAUAAUGAAAUCUUUAAUAAUAUUGCUACAGCAGCUUAAGAAGGAGAAAACAAAUUCUAAAAAGGGUAUCAGUAAAUAAAAAGAGAAAUGCUUACAUACAAAGAAGAAAAAGAUAAUAUUGUAGAUACUUGGGAAAAGAAAUAAUUAUUGUAGAAGUAGAAAAACAGAAAACAAAUUAAAGAAAUUAUUAAAAGCCACUACGAAGAAUAAGAAAGAGUAGAAAAAGAGUUAUAUUAACAAAAUUAAGAUUAAAUGGAUCAAUUAAUUGGUUAAAACUACUUCUAUAGUUCAAGGGAUAAAAAACAAUCAAAGCAAAGGCCAUCAAAAAAUCUUUCUUAAAAACUGACCUAUGAAUAGCUAAAGUUAAAGAAUAUGCGACUUAUUUAGCAAGCUAAAAAUAUAACGGCUAGUAAGAAACUAAUAGAAGAACCCCCAAUAACAAUAAUUCCAAAUAAGUUAUUUUAAUCAAGCUUUAGCCAAAAAAUAUAGGAAACAAUAAGAUAAAUCAAUCAAAAAAGUUAAAAUGAAAAUUCAAAAGAGGAAGAUUAUCAUAAAAAUUAAAAUAAUAAUCAAAAUUCUGGAAAUACAAAUAACAACAGCUAGCCUAUGAAUCUGAUGUCAAUUUUAACUAGUUCUCCAGGAAGAAGAAGCAUACUAUAAAAUAAAACAAAUAACUCGAGCAAUCAAUUCAACAAAAAGCUCUCAAUAAUAACAGGUGCAGAUGAUUCUAUUCAUAAAAAUAAUACAAGUUUAAAUGACUAGUUUCAACGCAAUAAUUACUCAUCAGUCAUUAAUCUACCUAAUUUAACAGCUAUAAACGGCUCUUCUAUUGAUUAAAUCAUGUCAAUUACAGACAGAAAUAUUUUAAAUAAGACUGAUUAAAUUGAAGAAAGUAAGCAUUUUAUCAAAGAAAUAAACAAUAGCUCAAUAACUGACAGCUUUUUAAUUAAAUAAAUGGAAGAAUUUAUUCACUACAACCAGAAUUCUCUUAAAAACUAAUCUAUAACAGAAAAAGAAGAAAAUGACAGAAAUUAACAACACAGCAAUAGAAAUAACAAAAGUUAUUAUGCAGCUGCAGAAAAUGAAAGUUUAAAUCAAAAUAAAUCAACUAUUAACGUUAAAGAAGUUUUUGACAAUUAAGAAACUAAAAACUCAGAAAAAAGAAAUGUUUCGCUGAAACUCCUAAAAGAAAAAUAGUAACAAAAGUAAUAAAUUAAAGAAUAUCUAUCUUAAGUCUUAACUAGAUUUAACAGAACACAUUCCAAUCAAUCAGAUGAAAUAAUGAAACAAAUUCGUAAAUACAGAAGAGACAGAGAAAAAAAUUAAAUUAAUGUUGACUUCGAUUAAAUGAAUAGUGAGCUUUAGAAAAAGCAAAACGAAUUCUUGCUUAUGAUGUCAGCACAAACCGAAGAAAUGAAAAAGAAGAAGAAAAUAGAAGACAUUUUAUGGUAAACUCAACAAAGAAUGUAUAGUAACAAGAAAUUCGAUCCAACUAAAUUUUAUAGAGAUGAACUUAAUUGGCAGAAUACAAUCAAUGAAGCCACAGAAUAUUAAGAAGGCUUAGAGGGUCAUAUGAAAAAAGUUAAAAACACUCUAUCUAAAGCUUAAAAAUAAGGAUCGCCAAGUAGUAAACUUUUACCAUUGACUCCUGCUUAGAGCUUUAUAUAGUAGGCUAAAAAGAAGAUAGGAUUUAAACAAUAAUGA